AUGGUCUGCAUUCCCAGAGUCUUAUACAGCUUAUCAACUGGGGACAAGACCAUUUCCUAUUAUGCUUGUUUUUCUCCACUACUUUUUGUCAUCUUCCUUGGAGCCACAGAAUUUUUUCUCCUGGGCAUCAUGUCCUGUGGUCACUAUGUGGCCAUCUGCAAACCCUUGCAUUAUGCAACUAUCGUGAGCAGCAAAGUUUGUGGACGGCUUGUUUGCUUUUGGAUAGUGGGGUUUUGGGUCAUGUUCCCACCACUUUGCCGGGGCUUAAACCUGGAAUUCUGUGACUAUAAUAUCAUUGAUCAUUUUCUCUGUGAUACUUCUCCCCUGCUGAAGAUCUCUUGUUCAGACACAUGGUUCAUAGAACAGAUGGCUGUUGUCCUUGCUGUGUUGACCAUCAUGACACUUCUGUGUGUAGUUAUGUCAUAUAUGCAUAUCAUCAAGACCAUCAUAGAGUUCCCGUCAGCCCAGCAAAGGAGGAAGUCCUUUUCUACCUACUCUUCUCACAUGAUUGUGUUUUUUGUCACCUACAGUGGUUGUAUUUUCAUCUAUAUCAAACCUCCAGCAAAGGAUGAAGUGGCAAUCAAUAAGUGUGUGUCAGUGCUUACUACUUCUGUUGACCCCAUGUUAAACCCAUUUAUUUAUACCCUGAGGAACAAGCAAGUGGAACAAGUUUUCACGGACUCAAUCAAGAGAACAUCAUUGAAGUAA